CUACCUCAACCAAAAUCCAAGCACCCAUCGUCACCUUCUUGUCUUUGCAAACCGAACCACCUCUAUAUGACUUUAUCCUAAGAUCGUUUCAAUUCUGAAUUCUGGUGCCCUUUUUGCGAUCCCUAGCUUUGCAUAGAGAAUGGUCGUCUAUCGUGCGAAAUCCUGCAGGUGUCUGUUAUGAUCCUGUAAUAUGGCGAGCUUGAAAAGCUCCCACGUCAGCCAUGUCCCGCGGCUCUCGAUUGUUACAUCCUCCUGCCGAGUCCUAUUAUGACCUAUUGUCGACCUUCAUACGACAGAUACGCCCACCAACGCAAACGAGAUUGCACGAUGCGCAGCAGAGACGACAGUUCCACGAUUACUUCGUUACCCAUUUGCCGUCCUCUUCGCUGCACCCCGACUCACGCAAAUCGACGAGCCUGGCGCAUAAGUUUCCCAGGAAUCAGUCGAAACCUCACACCCCAGACGGGAAAUCCACUCCUGCGAGUCAUCCGUCCGCUUUAAGAGACACUACAGUUGUCCGCAUACCCCUACGAAGUGCAAAACACCACUUCGGCGCAUCAGUCUCUCGAGGUAGUCGACCUUACAAUGAAGACGCACACCAAGCCGGUGUUAUUGAACUGCCAGCCUUCGCGAAGAGGCCGCCACCUUCGAUAACAGCGAGGUCGCGGCCGGGAGAAGGCACAUCCGCAGAAGGAGCGUCGGGUGAUCCGCAGGUCUUCUACUUUGGAGUGUUUGAUGGACAUGGUGGAGCAGAAUGCAGCGACUUCCUGAGAGAGAAGCUGCACGAUUACAUUGAAAAAUCUGCACAGGUGUUUGAGUUCCAGUCCAGCUUGCAGAAGCCGGGCGAGAGGAAGAAAGAAGUUGCCGCGCCAACAGGGGAGGAAGUUGACGUUAGCGAAGAAGACCAAGGAGAUUCCGAUUCCCUUGAACGAAGUGAGCGUGAGCCUCCUCAGUCAGGCGAAGGACAGUCUGGAGAUGGUGCCGCAUCAGAUUCCAAGAGGGGCAGACACCCUCCGUAUCCCGGUGACCCGCCUCUUAUCCAGAGUGCGAAUAGGAACCGCAUCCAAACCCUCGAGAAGGAGUUGACGAGGGACUGGAAAGAACUUGUGGGAGGGUAUUUCCGGCGCUUCAAACCAGCUUACUUCUCGAUCUACAGUGGAUAUCAGAAGCUGGGCGAGGAGUCUGAGGCUUUGAGCGAGGCAGGAGAGGACGUCGACCACGGUGCCGCCAUCGAGGAAGUCAUCAGCUAUGCUUUCUUGAAAGCAGAUUACGAUUUUGUCGCCGCACAAGCAGCUAAAGAUUCGGAGAACAGGGACAAUACCAGAGCUGAUCGACCUCUUAACGAGGGGGAUAUCUUGGGGGAGCCUACCAAAUUUGCACGCGAUAUUGGGGGACCGAAGAGGUUCAAAGGUGGCAGUACUUGCAGCAUUGCUAUGAUAUCAACGCCUUCCGCCACGCCGUUCUGGAAUCCUUCGACGACAUCUUCGAUGCUAGUAGCGCAUGUGGGAGACACAAGAAUUCUGCUAUGCUCGACGGAUAAUGGCAGAGCUGUGCCGCUGACUACGAAUCAUCAUCCGUCCUCACCUAUCGAAAGCAGCAGAUUGCGCAGAUAUGCCGGGAUCUUUGUCACGGAUUCUUUUGGUGAGGAGAGGAUUUCUGGCCUCGCCAAUACCCGCGCUUUUGGAGAUAUUACCUCGAAGCGGGUUGGUGUAAGUGCAGAACCGGAGAUCAAGAGGGUAGAGCUAGGUCCUGCCGAGUACUCUUUCAUGGUGUUGAUGUCGGAUGGAAUAUCGGGCACUUUGGAAGACCAGGAAGUGGUCGAUAUCGUCAAAGAGGCCAAGACACCGGAACAGGCCAGUAGAGAUGUGGUCAACUUUGCGACAGAGGUCUCUACCGAGGGUGAUAAUGCGACCUGUCUGGUUGUACGCAUGGGUGGAUGGGAACGACGGCAGGAAGGAGGUUAUGGAAGUCUAGGCACGAAAGAGAGUCGUGAUUACAAGCGACAGAGUGCCUCGGAUCCUCGUGCCCGCCGGCAGUAGUUCAUGAUAGCAUGGUAGAGUUGAUGCAGAUAGUACGACUCCCUUAAGUUGAUCAGAAACAAAUACAUAACGAUCCUGUCU